CUUUCUCCGCCGUGCGGCACAGCAGCGCUGCAUUGCGAUGCUCAGCAGCGCCCGCCCUCCCUAAUUCACAUGCUCAUCAUGGAGGAAUAACAGGUACCUGCUUUACAGAGAGAGGAGGACAGGCUUAUUCCCAUUCCCGGCGACAUCUUGAAACGUGGUCAGACCAUCCGCGAAUGUGAGUUAUACUGUUGUAGCAAAGCAGACAAUCGCGAUGAAGCAUUUUCUGAGGGUACUGACCCAGUUGCUGGUGUUCCUGUACUGUAAGUGCUUGUGGCGGGGCCUGAAGUUUGUCAUCAGGAAGUUGACUGGACGAUGUGAGCUUCAACGCAUCUGUUACAAUAACAAACCAGGGGCUCGAAGGACGCUCAAGAUCGAAUCCUCACUCAAAUGCUCUAAACAUGAGCUUUUGCAGUCUGCCAUCAACGUACACCCAGAUUCUGUGGAAAAGACUAUUGAUGAUAUAAUAUCCCUAAAAAAGAUCAACCCUGACACUAACCCACAGCUUGGCAUCUCUCUCCAGGCUUGCCUGCUUCAGAUCGUGGGUUACCGAAACCUAGUAGUGGAGGUGGAGAAGCUGCGUAGAGAGCCGUAUGACUGUGAAAACUCAGCACAUGAGGAGAUGCUCAUGAAGCUGUGGAAAGAACUCCGUCCCGAUUCUCCUCUCUCUGGACGCAUCUCAAAGCAAUGGUGUGAGAUUGGUUUCCAAGGAAACGACCCCAAGACUGAUUUCAGGGGCAUGGGUCUCCUGGGCUUGCACAACCUGCUGUAUUUUGCAGAGCAUGACAAAGCCACCGCUCUCCAAGUUCUUCAUGACUCCCUGCAGCCUAAACACAGGAACGUUUCCACAGAAGAAGCCAGCAAGAUGAGCAAAGCUGAGUGGGACAAGAAGAAAUUUGACAAAGCGAUUGGAUACUCCUUUGCCAUAGUUGGCAUAAACAUCACAGACCUGGCAUAUUCCCUGCUGGUGAGCGGGGCUCUGAAGACUCAUCUGUACAAUGUGGCACCAGAGAUGCCAAGUCUAGUGCACUUCCAACAGACCUUCUGUUAUCUGAUGCAGGAGUUCCACAGGUUCUGGAUCGAGGAAGAUCCAUGUGACAUCAUGGAGUUCAACCGCGUGCGCACCAAGUUCCACAAGCGCGUCCUGAAGCAGCUGAAGAACCCUGACAUGGCACUGUGUCCUCACUUCACUGCCUCUGACCUUCACCUGGUCAACCUGUAGCUUCUCAUUCACCUCAACUCUCAUGACCUCUCACCUUCUCAUCCUUAAAGCCCAUGCCUCAUUACUGCCGACUGCUUAGCCGGUCUCUUUCUCACACAUUUUCACACCGAUGUCUCCUUCAGCCCAUGCGACCAGACGUUACUGAAGAUCACCAGCACUGCUGUGGACCAUGAUGAUUGUACGUGCGCGUGGCAACAGUGCACCACCUUACAGCUUUCACACCGAUUGUGAUAUUUAUCUGAAUGUGGAUGAGAGAUACAUCUCUCCCGAUAGGACAAAGCUCCCUAUCCACCAGUAGGUCGAGCUGUUGGUACGUGUUGGGUAAGACGCUGAGCUUCGAGAGCGUGAGUGUUUCGACCUACAUCCACUGCAGGAGACUGCACUGAUACCAGGCACACUUAGAAACAGGUGGCCAUUGUUUGUAUACUCUGUCAUACACUUUUAGAGCUGUUAUAUUAAAGAUAACCUUUGUUUUAAAGUGCCCCUAUUAUGGGUUAUGAAAGGUUCAUAUUUUGAUUUUGGGAGUCCCAAACAACAAGCUUGACAUUCUUGCGAGGUCAAAAAACACUUUCUUUUUCUUAUAAGAUACAUUUAUUUUGAACUAAUCUUUUUUUUCAUACCGCUGCUAAAGCCGCACCUUCAUCACUUAUACAUCAAUUUGCAAUUUUUUAAUUUUUUUUUUUUUAUUCAGACCAACCCGAAAAGCUCAACAACUGGGCAGGCAAUAUGCUAAUAUUUAAUGCGGACUUCAACAUGAAACGACUUGGGACUCAUUUUAAAAAUGACUCGUUUCAAUGAUUCAGAGAUGAGUCUUCGUUUUGAGAGACAAUAACUUUAUACACUUUCAGAUUUAAAACUUUGCAGGACAUUUUCAUUCACCUAGACACUGCAUAAAAGUUCAUUUUCAAAAAUCCAUAAUAGAUGCACUUUAAUUAUUUAAAAUCUUUUAAAGGAAUAUUCACGACUCAGUGCAAGUUAAACUCAAUCAAUAGAACUCAUGGUAUAAUGUUGAUUGCGACGCAAAUAAAAACAAAAAUCCAGUUUACACUGACUCUUACAGUGGAAAUGAAAUACUAUAGCCAUAAGAAAAUACUCAUGUAUGAUGUUAGUGGAAAAAAAUACUAACCUUACUUUAAAGUUAUGUGCAUUAUUGGCAUGACACCCCUAAAAGAAUUGUGUAUAAGAUUAUUAUAAUACAUACAUUUUAUCAUUUUAUUAUAAAUGCCAAAUAUCUGCUUUUAAACACUUUAAAAUGGGCUCCAUUCAUAUCCACUGCAGGUGGCUCACUGUAAGCCAGAUUUGCAUUUGCAUAACUUCCAUUGAACCCAGAACAAUCCUUAAGAUGGAAAUGAUUUCAACUUGCUGCAUUCACAGAUCAUUCAUUCACUCAUCAUUUCAUAACCGUCAUUGCCACUCUCAUUCUUCUAUCACAUAAGUACAGUACAUAGACUACAUGUUGCCAAGAAGCAGAGCUUAAAAUCAAAUAUUCACUUGCCAAAUAUGGUAGGAUAAUGUGUGUUUUGUGAAUGUUCUCAUGCAGAGCACAUGAUUGUUUUACAAAUGUAUUAGUGUCGAUGUAAACAAAACGAAACAAACAAACAAAAAAAUAUGGAAUGUUCCAUUUUUCUGUUCUAGCACCAAAGCAAUAAGUGACGUUUAGAACAGUUAGUUGAACAAGUCUUGUUUUCUUUUGCACAAGUGGUGCCUCUAUUGUAUUAAUCAGACACUGAUUAGUUUUGCCCUCUGUGUACUUCAGGCUUUCUUUGCUCUCUUCUGCGUUUCUUUAACUUUUACAGCCGCGUCACAUCACAAAUGCAUGUUGCUCUUUCUUUUUUUUUGGGUUUGUCCAUUAACCCUUUAACACGAUGGACGGUCACAGGGUUUGCAUGAUGAUUUCGUUUUUGCCUGCAAAAAAUUGCGUUACCAGAAUGUCACUUCAUUUUAAUGUCGUUAAUCGUGCAAUGAAUGUCUAUGCUACUGGCAGUGUUAAGCAGCUUCUUUUUAAUAGCUAUUGGUUGAACUGUGUUUCCACAUGAUUUUUAAAUGAGUAAAAAGUGUCAUAUAUUUCUCAUUGCUGCACUUUUACAGAUGAGACAGAAGCACUUGCUGUACAUAAAGCCUUAGAGGUGGAAUACAUGGAAGCAUUAUUAAAGCUCAUCAUUAUGCAUGGCUGAA